AUGUCCAUCAGGUUUUUGUUCAUAGCUGUCACGGCCGUCGAGCAACUUCUUCCUUAUAGACCGACGUCCUCUUCGUUCAACCUUGCCGUACCUCACCCUAUCCCCGAUAUCUGUUACGGGGUAACAACGAAUCGAGGGAACUCUAUCGAGUUCGACGGAUUAGGACAGAGGAAAGCGGGAGUUGGAGGCAGUGCUGCAAGGAGACACGAUCCAUUAGCACCAGAGCCCCUAGAUUUCCACGAGACCUCCAUCGAGUUCGACCCAACCUGCGACCUAGUCGUCGUGUUUCCAGUACCGUUACAAGUUGAAGAAUCAGCCUUACGCACCUUGGGUCGAAUCGGAGAGUACUGUAUGCUCACCAGAGGGAAAGCGCGGAAAAUGAUACCAGAAAAAGAGGAGUUGGAACAAGGGCUGGUCCCAGAGGAAGAAAUACCAACAAGUUCUUCGAGAAGUACCAUUUCACAUGACCUCACUUCUACUACCACUACCCCAGAUCCGCUAAAUGAAUUAUCGCAGCAGUUGUCACAAUUGUUAGCCAUUAUGACGAUGCAACAAAAGGAACAAAAUGCAUUAAGGGAAGAACUGGCUACGAUGAAAGCUGACCGACAGAACCAACAGAUACUCACAUCGAAAGGGGCACGUUUGAUCGAAGUCGAAGAAAACAAGCCGUGUUUGGAGCCAAAACUUACCAACAACGAACGAACAGGAAGAACCAGGUGUGCGGAUCCACCUACCUUCAGUGGAGAACGAGGAGAAUUGGACAACUUCCUUGCAGCAUGUCACAUGAACUUCGAAUUCAAAGGGGCAGAGUACGCCACCGAUCGCAGAAAGAUCCUGUUCAUGUACGGGUAUCUUCGAGGCACCCCUCAAAUGCUUAUAACCCCGGCCAUAACCAAUCCAAUGGUAAAUAACACCGACCCUCGAACCAAAUCGGACUGGAUCUAUUUCAAACAGCAUGUGAUAGGGACUGAGGAGAACCAACGGAUGGCUGAAACGAUGAUUGCAGCGAAUCGAUGGGCUGCUAGACGCAAACAUGAGACGACCUGGCUUCCCCCUCGAUCGAAUUCGAUGCGAUUGGAUACUAGUUUGCCCAACCCGGUAGAACGCCACUCACAACCGACUGGUAGAGGACCCUUGCCCGGUGGAAAACCAGGGAUGAUGAAUUAUGGUCUACCAAAUGACCCUCCGGUCACUUGGACAGAGGACGGAGGACGUCUCAGCGAGAACGAAAUGACUUGGAGGAGGGAGAACCGACGUUGUCUCAAAUGUAGAAGUCCAGAACAUUACGCCAACAACUGUCCAAAUGGAGGAAAUACGAGAAACAACAUUAGGGGAUCCCCAAACCCGCAUAGCUCACCAAUUCCUAGUGGAUCGAACUCGGUCCCAACCGGAUCCAAAGGGCCAUUAGUUCGAGGAAUGGCGGUAACCUUUGAAGAAGAGGGAAACGAAUACCUGGCCUAA